UUGAAAAGUUGCCAUGCUGUGAGACUUCAGCUUCAGCAGAGGCAGACAAAAAUCUUCGAAGGGUAUCAUCAUCUUCUGUUAAGAUGGAAAAUUGCCUCUUUGGCAAUAGCAGCAUUUAUGGGAUAAUUAACUUAUCCACAGGCUCGUCCUUGAAUUCCUCCUCUUUUAUAAUGUCUUUUGAGACGACAGGCAAGUAAUUCAAAGAGCAAAACUUAUUUUUAGGUUUAGUCUGAGCCUGAAAUAAACCGAGAAGGCUGAGUAGUGUUACGAUAAACAGGGAGUAAAACAGAGACAGGAAAUAGGGGGUCUUAGUAAUGAGUUCCAGGCACUCUUGAAACAGAAAGCCAGAGAAGGCAUUACUUGAAAAUAGUUUCUCAGUGACAGCUUAAUAAUUUUUAGCUUGUUAUUCAACAUUAAAAGGAAACAGUUUCUGUGGAUUUAUACUAUUUUUGAAAGAUCCUUUCUAAAAGAUCAUUUAGCAAGUUAAAUUUUUGACGUUUUUAGAGUUACAUUGUUCUUGUUGCUAACCGAUCUGCUGUUUAAAAAAAACAGAUGUUUGGGGGAGAGUCUGAAGUUUAUACAGUUGUGUUUUAUAUAUACAUCUGUGGGAAGCAUUUGGGAUAAGAGUGUGGGACAGAGGCAGAUUUAGCUUAAAAUGCGAACACACAUUCAAGAUUUUAGAAGUUGAGGGUUGAAAGGGGCGAAGUCACAGCAAUAUUCUUUAGAACAAAGCGGUGUGCUUGCUUCCAAAAGUUUCUUUUAACCCUGGGAAUGUGACUGCUGCAAUGGGCCCAAAGCAUGGAUGGUGAGAUUGAUAUCUACAAGCACUUCACGUGGCUAAAGAGGUCACAGGCGAAUCAUCAUUCCUCUAAUAAUGAAACUUAUCAAGAAAGAUUGGCACGUUUAGAAGGGGAUAAAGAGUCGCUCAUAUUGCAGGUGAGUGUUCUUACAGACCAGGUGGAAGCUCAAGGAGAGAAAAUCCGGGACUUAGAAAUCUGUCUUGAGGGGCAUCAGCUGAAACUGAACGCUACAGAAGAAAUGCUUCAACAGGAGUUGCUAAGCCGAACAUCACUGGAGACUCAGAAAUUAGAUCUAAUGGCUGAAGUUUCAGACCUGAAGAUUAAGCUGGUUGGUAUGGAAAAGGAACAGAGUGAAUAUGAAGAGAAACAGAACAAAGCUGAGUCAGUAGUGAACCUGAUCAGUGAGCUACAGGAGCAGAUGUGUAGACUGCAGCUGGAAAUUAAUAGUAGAAUCCAAGAAAGAAAGUCUCAAGAUAGGAAACCAGACUUGACACCUAAUGGUCCUCAGUCAAGUUCAAGAUCAGUGGUAGAGACUCUCAGCCAGAAGAACUGUUCUCGGUGUGAUGGUUUGCUACAGGAACUUAGACAUCUCAAAAUUAAAGUGGAAGAACUGGAAAAUGAAAGAAAUCAAUACGAAUGGAAAUUAAAAGCAACCAAAGCUGAGAUAGCCCAGCUUCAAGAGGAAUUAGCUCUCAAAGAUGCAGAAAUAGAACGCUUACAAUGUCAGCUGUCUAGGACCUCAUCACACAGUGAAGUGGCAGAAAGAGAGGAAGUUUAUAGGAGAAGGCUAAAAGAAAAACAUCAAGAAGUUCAACGGUUGAAGAUAGGAAUGGAGUCGCUAUUGGCUGCAAAUGAAGAAAAGGACCGUCGAAUAGAGGAGUUAACACUACUGCUAAGCCAGUACAGGAGGGUCAAAGAGAUCAUGAUUGCAGCUCACGGUCUUGUACGGCAGAAUGGAAACUUGUAUUUAACACACAAGAAUAGUGAACAAGAGACAGGCUCUUCCAUCUCUGGUGGCAGUGAAGAGGAACUUGAGACAACUAUAAGGAAGUGGAAUAUUUUGAAUAAUCCUCAAGGAGAAUCAUUUAAAACAGAGGCCUCUUCAGGAGAAUUGUCACCAGCCAUGCUGUCUCCAGCGCCCCACACAGCCAUGGAAAUCAGUGGAAGCAGUCCAGUAUCUUCAACUAAUUUAACUUCUCCACAAGAAGAAUCUUUGGAAAUCACGAAUAGGGCUCCACAGAAAAAAAAGUCAAGUAGUUUAGAAGACUUGCAGAGUGAAUCCCUGGAAAAGUAUGUAGACGGAAAACCAGUACGGCCUGUUGUAGAACAAGAGAGUAAGCCAGUUGUGAAAGGCAGCAAGUACCAAACCUUGCCAGGAAAGCUGCCUCGACCCUUGCAGAAUGGAGAGCAGGGAACGUGUAAUUUGCCGGAUGGGUGCAGCACAACCGACCAGGAGGACAACGGCAUCCAGGGCCUCAAUCGCAUCAGGAGUGUCAGUGCACCAGUGCUAGGAGAAACAGAGAACGGGGCUGGUACAGUAGUCAUGGAUGAGCUUUCGCCUAUUUCUUCGGGAACAGAUUCAGGUCCACAAUCUCCAUUGUCUCCAGAAAACAGAAAGAGUCCAAAAGGGAUCAAGAAAAUCUGGGGAAAAAUAAGAAGAACUCAGUCGGGUAACUUCCCUGCAGACGACCUGGGCUUGGCAGAGUUCCGCAGGGGUGGUCUGCGUGCAACAGCUGGACCUCGCUUAUCCAGAUCAAAGGAAACCAAAGGCCAGAAAAGUGACUACAACGCUCCAUUUGCUCAGUGGAGCACUGAAAGAGUUUGUAACUGGCUUGAGGACUUUGGUCUCGGUCAGUACGUCAUUUUUGCACGACAGUGGGUGACUUCAGGCCACACUCUGCUAACUGCAACACCUCAGGACAUGGAAAAGGAAAUGGGAAUAAAGCAUCCACUGCACAGGAAAAAAUUAGUUUUGGCCAUUAAAUCAAUAAAUGCAAAACAAGAUGAGAAGUCUGCACAACUCGAUCAUAUCUGGGUGACACGAUGGCUUGAUGAUAUUGGUUUACCUCAGUACAAAGACCAGUUUCAUGAAUCCAGAGUUGAUGGGAGAAUGUUGCAGUACUUAACUGUGAAUGACCUUCUCUUUCUGAAAGUCACCAGUCAGCUGCAUCAUCUGAGUAUUAAAUGUGCCAUUCAUGUGCUGCAUGUCAACGGUUUUAACCCCCACUGUCUACGCAGGAGACCAGUUGAGGAGGUAAAAAACAUUUCACCUUCUGAAGUAGUUCAGUGGUCCAAUCACAGAGUGAUGGAAUGGCUCAGAUCAGUCGAUCUGGCAGAAUAUGCACCGAACCUUCGAGGAAGUGGAGUACAUGGUGGCCUGAUUAUCCUUGAGCCUCGCUUCAAUGGCGACACACUGGCAAUGCUGCUGAAUAUUCCACCUCAAAAGACCCUGCUGCGACGCCACCUAACAACCAAUUUUAAUGUAUUAAUUGGACCAGAGGUACAACAAGAAAAAAGAGAAAUAACAGAGUCAACAGCAUACACACCUCUGACCACCACUGCCAAAGUUCGGCCAAAGAAACUUGGAUUUUCACAUUUUGGAAACUUACGAAAAAAGAAAUUUGAUGAAUCAACAGACUACAUUUGUCCUAUGGAUGCCACCCCAGCUGCUACAAACGGGACUCAGAAAAACUACGGUGGAUACAAAGGACUUAGUCCAUUGACGGAUAAGGAACUGGAUCAGAUGGAACAUUCAGAAGGAACAGUAAUGCAAAUAGGGGCUCUUUCUCAAGGCAUAAGCCAUCUUACGACUAUGUUAAGUCAAGAUGAAAUGCUGAAUGACAACAGAUUUCUAACACCUACCUUUGAAGACUGGAGAUGAUGUUUCAGCAUGACCAAGAACACUAAUACCUCAUGCCUGUCUAGAAAGGUGGCCAGGAGAAGCUUAAUGCUGUGGUGCAGAAAAGCUUUACCUCUUUUCUGUCAGUGACACUUGCUACAUAAGCAUUCAAUGUUGUCAAGGUAGCAACACAUUUACAGGUAGCUCUCCUCUGCGCUGUUUUCCAUAUUACAUAAUGUGAAAUAGGUGUUGAGAGAGAAAGGGUACUUAUAGCCAGAGUCUGGAAAGCCAAGACUGGCACCAUGUUUUACCCUUUUAUUCAGUUGUCUUUUACAUGGUAUGUUUACACACUAUUAUAUGAAAAAUAUUUUGUAAUUUUUUUAUUUUUAUAAUUAACUUCUAAUGUAGGAAUCAUUAAUAUUCUGUUAUACCAUGUGGACUAAUCGGAGCCACCUAGAAAUUCAGAUGGAUGCUGGUGAGUGCAGUGAUAAUGGCCCCCAAACUGCUACUGCAGGCUUGCCAGAGACUGUUUCCUGUAAAAGAAUUUUAAUCUGUCAUCCCUUUUAUUAGCACAUGUCCUGCCCUCUUGUUCUCCAAGUGCAGUAUAGAAUGGGAAGAAUGGCACAUAAUCCUAUCCAUCAAGCUCUUGCUUUUAUCAGGAGGAUGAUAAUCAAGAUGGCACAUUUGCAAAUCUUUACCUAACUCAAAAGGAUGCUGAACAACUGCAGCAGAAAAUGUAACUUUGAGACUACCAGACUUAAAAGCUGGUCCUUCCUUUAAAGGGAGUUUUUUAUUAUUGCGUGAUUUUUAUAUGUGCACUAAGAUAUUCACAAUCAAGGAGCAAUCACAAAACUUAAAGUUACAUUUUCAAUUAGCUUAAGAAUGGUGUUUGCCGUACUUUGUAGGGUGAGCGCAACAGGAUUUCCAGCAUGAUCCAUUGUUUGGUUUUAAAUGACAGUUCUUAAAUUAGAGCUCUUUCUGUACACUGACAUUUUGUCUAAAAGGGCUAGUCCUGAUGCACAUGUGCAAACACUGGGAUGCUCAGAAGCCUCUUCGGAACAGACAAAAUGGUUCAGACAAAGUUUUCUGAGCCCCAUAUCUCGCUACUCUGAAACAACGUACAGGCUCUCAGGAAGCCAGGGAUGGUGGUGCACCUGUUUUCUUUCUAUAGUUACACCUAAUUAAACAUAUGACCACAUAAACAGCCCUGAAGCCUGGAGACUGCAGUAGAAACAUUUUUGUAAUGCUUGCAUGAGAACUGGUGAUGUUGUAAACAAUAUUGCUGUUCACUUUCAGUUCUCUUUUCAUUUCAGCUACAGAUAAAUUUUCAUAUAAUACUUUAUUUAGUAAUAGGAGACAAACAUUACUGCUCUGUGAUGUGUAAAAGGUGACUAAGGAAUAUCAGGCAAGUACCAUAAUAAAACAGGUUUUUGUUUGUUUAAAACACCUGACAAAAUAAAUAGAUCUGAUGCUACUCUACUGCGCUACGUGGGACUGCAGCACUGAAACAGAGGGAAAUAGGGUUUCUCACUACUUGAGGGGCUAUUGAAGGGUGAGAGUGUCUCCUUUGCAACUGCAAUGACUUUUGGCAUCUGUUGACAUAUGCCUCUCAUGUGUUAACAAGAUAUUUUAGUAAACAAGAGAAAUGGCAGAAAAGAAAUCUGCUUGAUUGUGAUGAAAAGACAUAGUUUGUAAAUGCAUGAUUUGUGUUACUCUCUGCUUGGUGGCUGCAGGGUGUUGGUUCACAUAUUAAUAGAGCCUGAGGACUUGCAGCCACAACCCUCCCAAAGGGGAAAUCUCAGGUACUGCCUGGAGUGUGCAGCAAGGGCUCUGCGAGAGCUCUCAGUGGCACUUUUUAAAGGUGACCUAUGCUAGUCCUCACUCCAUGAGGGACAAUGCACUGUAUGUUCAUAUUUUAGAAGCUAAAAUGGUUAAACAAAGGCAAGUUUUUUUACAGUCACUAAACAAUUAAAUGAUAGUGGCAAAUCCAAAGGACUGAGAACAUCAGCAACCUAAAAAUACUUAAUAAAAGGCAUAAAACAUGCCAGUCAAGUACAUCUCUAAUUUAGCAGGACAAUCAACACUAGUGACCAGAUCAUGUACUACAGGCAUUUGCAAUACUUUGUCAGGUUAAUUAGCCAGCAGAAUUAUUACAGCACUACAAGUAGGAUAAGCUGCUCCAACAGAAGCAGUCUUUUAGUACCAUUAUUUCUUUUGAUGAUGUAUUUAUAACUCAGUAUGUUGCUGUGCCAACUUGGCUGUGAAUAGUCAGUAUCUACAAAAUUACUGUUUUUUAAAAAAAUAUAUAUAACAGUAUGAAAUCCCAAUUAGUAGAACACAAGCAUAAAUGCUUAUUUUUUGACUGUUAUGAAUAAAUUCUGUAUGCUCCUCCAUCUCUUGCUGACUGUGAAAUGAUUCUGACAUAUGUGUGGUUGAUUUCUCGUCAGGGAUAGAUUUCAUUGUCUGACUCCCUUGUCUGUCUUUGCAUUCUAGCUACAAAUGUAAGAGAUAAAGUACAAAACUACUAUGUCAGUUUUUAACUAGUAGAUUCCUUAAGUUUUGCUUUAGAUGAAUAAAAAUAUUUAGUAAACAUAUUCUUUAGCAUUUGAAGAAACAAGUCUUCUGGCUCAGUGAUUAGUCAGACUCUAAAACAAACA